AUGCCCAAGGAGCGGCCGCUGCGGCGGGGCGCCGCUUUGCGCCUCUGCCUGCUCUCGGCCGCGCUCUUCCUCUGCCUCCAGCUGGGCAUGAGGCGCUCGUGGUGCCCCGAGGGGAAGGCGGCGGCACCGGCACCGGCACCGGCACCGGAGCGCGCUGCCCCCUCGGCGCCUCGGCCCGCGGCGGCGGCGGGCCGGCGGCGGGUGACCUACGUGCGGAGCAGCCGGCGGGGGAGCGCCGAGCGCGGCUGCUGCCCCCCGCAGCCCCCGGGCGGCCGCCGCGGGAAGGCUAUAAGAUGGCACAUUGAUCUACAACCAUGGGCAAGUCCAACUCCUUCCCUGAACUAUGAGGCCUUGAGGUUCCUGAAGUACAUAAGCACUUCUCAGAUUUCAUGCGAGCACAUGAACCUGAACAGCCUGACAGGGCACCCUGAAGCCACCAAGAAACCCUGGUCAGUCUGUCUUGAUGAGAGGUUUAGCCUUAUUCAUCGAAUCAGAAACAAGCAAUGCCGUCUCUAUUCACUUGGGCUGGGCAAUGAUGACAACCAGUUUGAGGUGAACAUGGCUAACAGUGGAUGUGAAGUGCAUCGUUUUGAUCCCAGCAUCAAAUCGGCGCACAUUCAGGAGGGACGGCAUCUCUGGUAUCAUCGCCUGUCCAUUGACUGGAGGGAUCCCAACCCAGCUAUUGCUGCUCGUAAGCUUCAUAGCAACACAAAGAAGCUGGGCACAAUAUUGAAUGAAUUUGGACAUCAGAAGAUUGAUGUCCUCAAGGCAGAUGUGGAGAGUGCUGAGUGGAAAAUUUUGGAAAACCUAAUUCUAGAAGAUGUUGUUGAGCAGAUAGGACAGCUGGUCUUUGAGGUGCACAUCCACUGGCCUGGAUUUGAGGUCAGUGGCAACGACAGCACUGUGGUGCGGUACUGGUACAGUCUACUCCGAGAACUGGAGCUGAAGGACUUCAAGCUUUUCCAUACCUACAAAGAUUUAUCAAAACCACAGAUGUUUCUGAAAAAGGAAGCCUUCAACGCCAGUAGCUGUUACACGCUGAGCUGGGUAAAUACAAGAUGGAAAUAGCAGAACAGAAUUUAUGAUGUGUGACUGUGAGCCAUCUGGCCCAGUAGUGUUACUGAAGAGGACUUUGGAGUCACUGGCUAAAGUUGCUAAAUAUGUAUACAGAGAUUCAGUCAAAAUGGACUGAUUUUGUCAAAAGAACUGGUAUUAGGAGAAGAUACAUGUUGCAAAUCUUUUUUGUAUAGCAAUACAUUGGUCAGUGGGAACACUUUCUUAGAGGACAGGGACAUUCUGUAAAGGUUUGUCUGAGGAGCCAACAACAGCUUUCCAAGCCUGCCUUGUGCCUGUGCAUUGACUCCUGUCACCCCCGAGCAGAGAGGAGAUCCCCUUCACUCUGCCCCCGAAAGCUCUGCUCUGUGAGCCAAACCUGGCUUAGUGCAGCAUGUGCUGGCAUCUGAUUUUAAAAAUACUCAUGAGUAAGCUUCUUUCUCAGGAAUGGUCAAGCAUUACAUUUCUGUAAAAUGGUGGUGCUUUGACUUGCACCUUCUUUAUUUUGACCUUGUUUCCCAUGUAACAAAUUUUAUGCAAGAACGGUAUGUUCCUACCGACUCUUGAACUUGCUGGCAAAUUGUAGCUGAAUUUGGCAGAGGUAGAAAUCACCACCAAUCUAAAACCACCCUACAUAUUUCAUUAAGUUAUUCCGUUGAACAGCUUCUAAGUGCUCUGACUUCAUACCUUAAAGGCACUCUUAACUGCAGGAAGUGAGUUCAGUGCUUCUCACACACAAGGCAGCGGGAUGCUGAUACUCAACUGCAGGAAAAGCUGCCAUCGGAGCUCCCCCUCGUUAGCCACCAGAGAACUGAGCCACAGGAAACAAGGCUUUGCUAGUUUAUCUGCUUAUGGAACUGCUUGUUUUAGAUUACUCUUGCAAUGGCUGCAGCAAGUGGUUUUUCUUCUAGUGAAGUAAUUAUUUAAAAGAGCUGUGAAACUUGGUCUUUUUUGGUUGGUUGGUUUGAGGUUUAGUUAAGUGUUUUACAGCGUGCCUUUCCCAGUGAUGCCUGCUAGCUCCUCGCCAAGUAACUUCCCUGGCCCAGGUUGCCUCUCCCUAACACAAGGAAGCUGCGCCCUGGCGUCUGUGCGAAUGGCUGCAGAGGUGAAGGGCACCUGCCUUCAGAGGCCCAGAAGGAUGCCUCGGGCUGACUUGCUGGGAUGCUAUGGUAUGUGGGUUAUAUGUGCUGUGCAGUGCAGUAACCAGGCUUGGCCACUCCCUGAGAAGCUAGGGAAUGGAGGAACUGAAAAGUAUAUAGCAGAUUCUUUUUUUAAAAAAUUUAAUUUUGACAUUAAGCUUUAUGUUAAAAUACCAGAGCACACCAUUUCCAAAUCUUUGAUAUAUGCACUUUGUAACUUGGAUUUCCAUCUUCUGCAGGGCUCAGUGUUCCACCCCUUGGUGGAGACCAGCAGGCAGAUGACCCUGCUAUUUCUGAACCCUGUACAAUACAGAGCAUUUUUUCCGAGUUAGGUUUGGGAGGUGGCCUGUCCACAUACGUCCUGUUCCAUAUGUGUCAUUUGCUGAACAGAGGCAAUAUGUGUGUCUAGACUGAAGUGCUGGAAGGAGGGGCAUGGCACAGCCAAUGGUAUUUGGGCUGCCCGAUCUUGCACCACACAGAUGCGCCAGCUGCCCCAACAUCACUGGAAUUCACAGCCAGGGUAAAGCACGGACAGAGUACCAGCGAUUCCAGAAGACUGAGCAGACUCACCAUCUGUGUGAAGAAUUUUACUCAGCUUUAAACCAAGGGUUUGUGACAUGCCUGAUCUGCUUAGCUAGGUUGGGUGGUAGGUUGCCAUACCACUAGGUCCCUGCUGUCUCACGCAAGGCUGAGGACCUCACAGGGCCUGUGCCCUGCCACAGCACCCAGGAGAGUGCAGAUGUUGGCUCAGGAGUGACCACCACAUAGGUCUCCCCCGGCCAUCAAGUGCUCGAACGGCCGACGGGGCAAGCAGACAAAGCCAUUCCUGCUCUCGUAGUAGACCUGCCGUGUCACAUCUGGUUAGUAGGUGGAUGUGUUAGUAUGUGCCUGUUUCCCCAGGCAGGUCAGAACCAUGUCGGUGAUGGUCGUCCAGACAGCCACCAUGCACAUGCAUUGAAAAUCACCAUUGGGCGAAUGGCUUGAAGGGAGACUUUUUGCAAGCCAGUUGGGUCCACCCUUUACUGCCAAAGAUCAAAAGGAUACUUCGACAGGGCAGAGACAACUAGUCACCACCAGCACAUCUGGGACAGCUGUGCCCUUAGUUUCCCUGGUAGAGGUAUCCAGUGGGACCACAGGGAGGUGUCACAGCCAGUUCGAGCCAGAGAGUCAAUAGUCUUCCUCCUACUUCCCUUGCUCCAUGAGCACAGGGAGCCUGCCUUGGCCCUAACUCCCUGCUCCCCACCUGGCCCAGCAAAGGUCUCUGUGGAGCUUGAGACUGCUUGAGUGAAGCCGACUUUGAACACCUCUGUUGUCUGUGGAGGCCAGAGGCCUCAGGCUGGUAGGGAAGAGAGGUAAAAACAUGCUCUACUUUGAAGGUGAUGGGCUGGGGUGCUGAGGGAGGGGAGUGGAAAUGGAGUUUAAUCUCUUUAAUGAAAGCCAGUUCUGUGCCCUCAUGCAUUCAGAUUGUAUCAGCCUUCCGAAUCACGUUUGAAAUUUUAAUUUGUGGUUAGAUGUUUAACGCUUUCUUGUUUAAAAAAUGCACUCUGGUUUUCAAUCUGCUGCCUUUCAGUCACACUGACAGUGCCUUGUUGUGUAGUAUAAAGUCUCUGAUUUACUGCC